CUGGAGAAGAAAUCGCCUCCCGUUAGUGAUCUACAAUUCAAGAUCCAUCAUCCGAAAGAUCAUUCAGCUUCACGGCUGUUUGUUGAGAUGGCUAUAAUGGGCAUAUCUUGAGAAACACCACGAUGGAUAACAGCACCUCAAUGCAUCCGGACAGAAACUCCAGCGACGGUCAGACUCUGAGCACGAUGCCGGAGAACUCUCUGGAGAUCCAGGUGGUCACCAUCUCUCUGUCGCUGCUCAUCUGCGGCGUGGGGAUCGCUGGGAACGUCAUGGUGGUUCUGGUGGUGAUCCGCAGCAAACACAUGAUGACCGCCACCAACUGCUACCUGGUGAGUUUAGCCAUGGCCGAUCUGACUGUGCUUUUGGCUGCAGGUUUACCGAACAUCUCCGAAGUCGUGGCUUCGUGGAUCUACGGCUACGCUGGCUGCGUUUGCAUCACUUACCUGCAGUACCUGGGCAUCAACGUCUCCUCCUGCUCCAUCACGGCCUUCACCGUCGAGCGCUACAUCGCCAUCUGCCACUCCAUCAAAGCCCAGCUCAUCUGCACCGUAUCCAGAGCCAAGAAGAUCAUCGGCUGCGUCUGGAUCUUCACCUCUCUCUACUGCAUCAUGUGGUUCUUCCUCGUGGACACUAAUGAGACGGUUUAUUCUAACGGCGUCGUGGUCCGCUGCGGUUAUCGUGUGUCCAGGAACCUCUACAUGCCCAUCUACUUCCUGGACUUCACGCUGUUUUACGUGGUUCCUCUCGUCGUGGCUUUGGUUCUGUACAGUCUGAUCGCCAGGAUCUUGUUUCGAGACCCGCUGCUGUCGAAUCUGUCCGAGCAGAGGCUCUCUGUCCAUCAGGGCCGGCGGCACAGCUCUGUGAAAGUGUCCUGUAGAGCAGCGGCAUCCAGAAAACAGGUCACAAAGAUGCUGGCGGUGGUGGUGGUUCUGUUCGCUCUCCUCUGGAUGCCGUAUCGGACUCUAGUGGUUGUGAAUUCCUUCAUGGAUCCGCCGUAUCUCAACACCUGGUUCCUGCUCUUCUGCCGCAUGUGCAUUUACACCAACAGCGCCGUCAACCCCAUCAUCUACAACGCCAUGUCGCAGAAGUUUCGCGCUGCUUUUAAGAGGCUCUGCGACUGUAAACGCAGGUCAGAUCAGAGCCGAGCGGGCAAAAGCACUGUAAGUGUUUACUACAGCGUCAUAAAAGACUUCUCUGGUGAAAACAGUGUGAAGAAACGCUGCAGUAUGAAAACAGACACGUUUAGCCCUGCUUGAUCUGGAAACAUUAAAGGUAUAGUAAAUUUGCUGAACGUGCUCAA